AUGGCUUCUGGUGAGCUGGAACCCGUUCUUAAAACUCACCAUCCAGUCCUCGCCCCCCGACCGCCAGCCCAUGGUGCACUUAGCCCUAGAGCCAGGGCUGCACCGGAAAACCAACAAGGUGGCAUAGCUCAAAGGUUUGAGAGGCAUAAAGGAGGAAGUCGCGUGACCACUCGCGUACGAAUCGCCUGCCAGCAUUGCCGGCAGUCCAAGUUGCGGUGUGAAGGCUCGUCCGGCGGACUGAAGCCAUGCCGACGUUGCAGCGAGCUUAGGCGGCCAUGUGUAUUUGACAACAAGUUCAGGCGAGCCAGCAAGAAGGCAACUCUCAGUGAUAUUGCUGAUCAAGUCAAUCUUCUCAAAAACUUUAGUGCGCUGCCCCCUAAUGAUGCCUCACUGACUACCGUUCCGGUAUCUUCAUUACCGCCACAACAGAGGACAGCGGUAAACUCAACAAGUGUCGGCAGCCAGCAGCCUCUAUAUGGUUGUCAGAGGCCCCUCCCGGGUGAUAAUUUAGAUUCUGAUCGAUUUCGCGAGAGAGAACGCUCUCAUAGUAACACCAGCGCCUCUAGUCAUGGUGGACUAUCAGCACAGGCUACGCAUGUACCCUUGAGCUCACGAAGUCUUGAGUCUGUCGAACUCACCCCAGAUGAGAUCGAAUUUCACACUUCCUAUCAACCAAUCUUCCCUAUCCUCUCCUUCUCUGUCUCGCCAGAUUCCAUCUACGACUCCUCCCCGCUACUAUUCUGGACUAUCAUCGUCACCGCCGCCCGCCAUGACGCUGCAGACUUUUCCCUAUUACUAUCCCUUUUACCCGCUGUCAGAAGACUGCUCUGGUCCACGAUCCCAGCCACCCCCCAUACACUGCCAUCGCUGCAAGCCAUGGCAAUCCUAUGUCUGUGGGGUUUCCCCGUGUCUACUAUGCCCGAGGACACUACUUUUAUACUGUCGGGUAUUCUCAAGUCGGCAGCAAUGCAUGUCGGGCUUCAUCGACCUGAUAUUCUUGACCUUUAUUCUAGAACCCGGUCAAAACUCGGUAGACCAGAGCUUUUACAGGCUGUUAGGUGUUGGUGCUCCAUAUAUCUCGCUAUCGAAGGUGCAUCAAUAGGCAACGGCCACCUUCCCGCCCUCCCAAAUGACCAUACCGUUGAGAAAGCCUCAAUCGACUCGAAUCCCUAUGAGCUGCCGGAAUCGUUGCACACGGCCAUCAUAACUCAGCUGUUCUGCGACAAGAUACACGCAGCAUUCGGAAACAUUACCACAUACAAAGUUUCUUUAAUUAACGACCACGAGUCCCAUUUGAAGGAGCUCGAGACCAGGCUGGGUAGAUUCAAAUCUCGGUUGGCAUCGAUUCACUUUCUCGCGGCAAAUUUUCAGCUCAAGUCGUAUUCUCUAUUUGACAAUGACGAUUCAGUUGAACGGAGGCUUGCUGUCUUGAGAGCGUUUGACUUGGGUGUUCAGUAUAUUGAGGCCCUUCGGCAAGCAGAGAAAGAUGGCUUUCCGCCACGCUAUGCUCCAUUCAUGACUCUGAGGGUCUGUCUUUCUGUGGCCGUCUUCAUAUCAAAAGUGUUACACUCCAGUUACAGGCAGUUUGUCGAUCAAAGGGCGGCCAAGGCCGCCUUUAGCGCGUGCAUACCGUUCUUCAAGCAUUCCUCCGUGGAGGAUAACGAUAUGGCUGGCCGCACCACGACAAUCUUGUCACAGUUGUGGGUGAUACACAAAGAUCUCUUCGAUGCUUCAUCGGACACCCCGCCGCGUCUUUCAGUUAAGUCACGCUCCUUUGCUAGUAUUGCCCACGACGGACUCUGGCAGUGGCGAGAGAGAUACGCGGGUACACCCAGCAACGGGGCGCCCAGCAUACCGCCACCCCUUAUCUCUCCCGUCUCAAUGGCAGUCGAAAAUUCGCCACCGGCUGUAGGACGUCUAGAAACAUCCCCAACCGGCAAUGUCGAGCGAUCGGAUUUCGGUAACUUGACUGGACAAGAUGAGGGUGGUUUCACUGAUAUAAAUGCCAUCUAUGCGGGCAGCCAACAGCAGGAAAUGAUCCAGCAACAAGAGCCCUCGCCUAGCCUAUCUCUUGUUGGUCAACCUGAGCUUGGAUUGUGGGCCGACUUGUCUGGGAAUGAUGACGCACUGACGGGCAUUGAUUUUGUCGAUCAAGAUGCCAUGCACUUUGAUUUGUUAUUUCCAAGUUAUAUCAUGGAUUCAAACCCAUCUAUUGAGUAA